GUUCUGCGGCGAGUGCGGCGGGGGAGUGUCGCGCGCUCCGUCGACAGCAGGCUAAAAGGAGCAGCCUGAUAGAGGCCCAUUUCCAGACAGACGUGGAUGAUGCCAGAGCUAUGACAGGGGCUGCAGUCUUGGCACUGAAGGGUGGUGAUCAGUUAUGGAACAGCCAAAGGAGGAAAUACAUGCGGUCAGGGAAGAGGAGGAGGAAGAGGAAGAGGUACUGACAGCAGUAAGUGGAGCCACAGACCCAGAUGGUGGACCAGACAAUUCAGCACCUUCAAUCAGCUACACAGAUCUUUCUCAGAGUUCUUCUCCUUCUCUGUCAGACCAACUCCAGAUGGGCUGUGAUGAGGCAACGUCAGGAAGUCUAAACGUGGAAUGCAGGGUCUGCGGAGACAAAGCAUCAGGGUUUCACUAUGGAGUGCAUGCAUGCGAGGGUUGUAAGGGCUUCUUUCGUCGAACAAUCCGUAUGAAGCUGGAGUACGAGAAAUGUGAACGGAGCUGCAAGAUUCAGAAAAAGAACCGGAACAAGUGCCAGUACUGCCGCUUUCAGAAAUGCCUCUCCCUGGGCAUGUCUCAUAAUGCCAUCCGUUUUGGCCGCAUGCCAGAAGCUGAGAAAAGGAAACUGGUGGCAGGACUGACAGCAAGUGAAAUCAGUUGCCAGAACCAGCAGAUGGCUGACCUGAAACUCUUUUCCAAGCACAUCUACAAUGCCUACCUGAAAAACUUCAACAUGACCAAAAAGAAAGCACGAGGCAUCCUGACUGGGAAAGCCAGCAGCACUCCGCCAUUUGUGAUUCAUGACAUAGAUACCCUGUGGCAAGCAGAAAAGGGCCUGGUGUGGAAGCAGCUGGUAAAUGGGAUACCACCAUACAAGGAGAUUGGUGUCCAUGUCUUCUACCGCUGCCAGUGUACAUCAGUGGAAACUGUGCGGGAGCUCACGGAAUUUGCCAAGAGCAUCCCUAGCUUCAUCAGCCUUUACCUUAAUGACCAAGUGACUCUUCUGAAGUAUGGAGUGCAUGAGGCCAUCUUUGCCAUGCUUGCCUCCAUCAUGAACAAGGAUGGACUCCUGGUGGCCAAUGGGAAUGGCUUUGUGACACGUGAGUUCCUUCGCAGCUUGCGCAAACCCUUCAAUGAAAUAAUGGAACCCAAAUUUGAGUUUGCUGUGAAGUUCAGUGCCCUGGAGCUAGAUGACAGUGACCUGUCUCUGUUUGUAGCAGCCAUCAUCUUGUGUGGAGACCGUCCUGGCUUGAUGAAUGUUAAACAGGUAGAAGAGAUUCAAGAUAACAUCCUCCAGGCCCUUGAGUUCCACCUGCAGGCCAAUCACCCAGACACUCAAUACCUCUUCCCUAAGCUGCUGCAGAAGAUGGCUGAUUUGCGACAGCUAGUGACUGAGCAUGCACAGCUGGUGCAGAAGAUCAAAAAGACAGAAACAGAGACUUCCCUGCAUCCUCUCUUGCAGGAAAUCUACAAAGACAUGUACUGAGGAGCCUAUAUUUAUGAAAUAGGUUAAAGCCAUGGAGUCCAGCAAAAAGCUUUGUACAUUGGCCAACAAUUCCCCUGUGUCUUCCGUUUCUUCUACUGGAAAUGCUUUUUCUAUAUGAUUGCUUCAUAUACUGUACAUAGGGGUGUACAACAUCAAAUCUGGUAUCUACCACAUGGUGGUAGGUCAGGGCUUCCGUUAACAUACAUACACUAAGUGGAACUUA